AUGGAUUCUCUGCUCCCCUACGCCCUGGGGCUACUGUUCGUGUAUCCGGUGGUGACCACCUCCCUGCGCUUUCGGCGCCGCCACCAACUCCACCAGCAAUACCCAUACCCCACACGAGAGUCCCUGGCGCGAAUGACCGAUGAAGAUGCCUUUGAAAUCCAGAAAACCGUCGCCCAGCUCGAGUUCCCCUUUAUGUUCAUCAAAUCUUUGCAAUUUGCGCUGUUUAGGACUUAUGGCAUUCCUACUAUUUCGCACCUCCUCACCAGAACCAGCCAGCUCUCCAACCCAGAUACUUCGCUGAAACGCUACACCGAUACCAGCGCCCUCGUGCAGGAGAUGGUGGGAAACAGCCCAACCUCACCCCGGGCGUAUCUCUCGCUUGCCCGUACGCGGUUCCUGCACAGUGGCUACCGUGCCUCAGGCAAAAUUCUCGAAGCGGACAUGUUAUACACGCUGGCGCUGUUCGCGCUGCAGCCCGUCCGCUUCAUCGAUCGGUUCGAGUGGCGCCGCCUGAGUGAUCUCGAGCGCUGUGCGAUCGGGACCUUUUGGAAAAGCAUCGGCGACGCACUGGAGAUCCAGUAUGACGAGCUGCCGUCCGGUCCAACGGGGUUCCGCGAUGGUCUCCAGUGGCUCGAGGAGAUGGAUGCGUGGAGUAUGGCCUACGAGGAGAGAUAUAUGGUCCCAGACGCAAAGAAUCGGGAGACGGCAGACCAGACGACUGCUAUACUCUUAUAUCUGCUGCCUCAAGGGCUGCAUCCGAUCGGACUGCAGUUUGUAUCGUUUAUGAUGGAUGACCGGUUACGGAGGGCGAUGCUAUAUGAUCCGCCGACCUGGUUCUUUGCAUCUCUUUUCUCUGCCCUGCUGAACACCCGCAAACUCUUCUUACGCUACCUGGCACCACCCAGACCAUACUUUCUGCGCUACGCUUCCUUCACCGAGCAGCCAGAUGACCAUCAACGCUUCUUUCUCACGAAAUGGGAGGCGGCACCAUAUUAUGUCAAGCCCACGGUCUGGAACCGCUGGGGCCCCAUGGCGUGGUUGACUUGGUUCCUCGGAAAGCCAGUACCUGGAGAUGAGGGGAACAAGUACUAUCCUGGAGGAUACAUCAUUCCGGACAUCGGUCCCAGCUACUUCGAAGGAAAAGGGCGAAAGCAGUUGGAGGAGGCAAUGCAUGAGCUAAAGGGAUAUCGGACGGGGAAGUGUCCAUUUCACUAA